AUGGCCCACGACGAACCUGCACCACCUGAAGCGUUUAAUAGGGUGAUGCAGUGGGCCGAGGAGACUAAGACGACGCUCAUCCUCGGGUGCGAUGCCAACGCAAGGCACACACUGUGGGGAAGUAAGGAGACAAACGAAAGGGGUGAGUCUCUCUUCGAUAGUAUUAUAUGUCGUGACGUCACUAUUUGUAACAAGGGAAACACGCCCACCUUCAUCUUUCCAAGUACGGAAGGAUUUCAAGGCUGGGAAGAAGUCCUAGACAUAACCCUCCAAAUGGAGCAUAACGAUUAUAAGGUAAGAAACUGGAGAGUCUCUACACAAGACUCGUUUUCAGACCACAGAUACAUAUUCUUCGAACUCGUGAUGCCGAUAUGCGAAACGGCGCCGAAGCGAAACCCUCGUAACACUGACUGGGACAAAUACGGAAAGAUUGUACAGUCAAAGGUCAAAGACAGAAGGAUCAAGACUCGAUCCACCCCGGAGAGAAUAGACAAGGAAGUAGAGGACUUCACAAAUAUCCUGAACAAAGCCUACAAAGAGUCAUGCAGACUAACAUACUCAAAGAAGACAUACCCACCAUGGUGGAACAAAGAGCUAAGCGAGCUCAGAAAGAAAGUUCGAAAAGCCUUCAACACAAGUUACGGAACCAAAGACUGGCAGCCGUACAAAGCAAUACACAAAGAAUACAAAAAGGCAAUCUACGUAGCCAAGAAGGAAUCUUGGAGCAGCUACUGCGAAUCGCUUGAAGGAGUCAAAGGAACACUGCAGCACAAGGUGCGGUACGACUAA